AUGAGAUUUCAUUUAAUCCUAUUUUUAUCUAUUGUAUUUGUAGUCUUUGUUAAUGGACACUAUCAUAAGAAUCAUCAUGGUCGUGGCCAAGAGUCUCGUGGAGAUGAUGGUCUAUUGAAUGCUAGAUGGUUAGGAGGUACUAUUCCAGAUAUUAUAAAGAAUAGUGAUCAAUGUGAAAUGCUUCAAAAUUCUUUGAUGUUUUACAAAUAUAACCGUGCUGGCAGACUGCCUGACAACCAAGUACCUUGGCGUGGCAAUGCAGCACUCAAGGAUGCUACUCCUGGGAGUCAACCCGAUGCCAAUGGGGAUGGGGAUUUGUCAAAAGGCUAUUUUGAUGCUGGUGACCAUUGCAAGUUUGCCUUCCCCCUCUGUUCGUCCAUGACAAUGCUAGGAUGGGGAUUGUUAGAGUACAAAGCUGCAGCUGACAAGUGCGGAGUGACAGAACUCUGGGAAGAGGAUUUGAUGUGGGGAUAUGAUUGGAUCAUGGCUGCUCACUAUCAAACCAACUCUUUUGCAGGUCAAGUAUGCAAUGCAGAGGCCGAUCAUGCGUACUGGGGUCCACCUGAAAACAUGACUAUGGAUCGUCCGACCUACAUCAUCAAUGAACAAGCUCCAGGUACCGAGUUGGCUAUGGAGUGUGCUGCUGCUCUGUCCAUCUGUUCCAUCCUCUUUAACGAGACCAACCCAGCCUACUCGACCAAAUGUCUCGGUCACGCCAAGCAAUUGCACGACUUUGGCGACAACUACCGUGGCGUCUACUCUGACAGUAUCCCCGAUGUCCAAGCAUACUACAAGUCAUGGUCGGGAUACCACGACGAGCUGGUCUGGGGUAGACUAUGGUUGUACAAGGCCACCGGCGACAAGAACCUCUUGGUCAAGGCAAUUGGCGAGUACACCGAGUAUGGUGUAGGUCAAAUGGGCCAAAAAGACUCUCACGACUGGGAUCUCAAGGCUCCAGGCACCUCUCUAUUGCUCUCUCAAAUGUUCCCACAAAAUGAGACCUAUGCUAGAGACAUUGAAGAGUACUUGUCUUGGUGGAUGCCAGGUGGAGGUGUUCCAUACACUCCAGGAGGUCUUGCAUGGAUUAGAAUGUGGGCACCAGCCCGAUACAGUGCAACCACUGCAUUUUUGGCUUCAAUGUAUGGUGGCAAGUACACCGACUUUACCAACAACCAAAUGGCAUACAUCAUGGGUGACAAUCCUCAGAAACGUUCGUUUAUCGUCGGAUAUGGACCCAACCAUCCAAUCAAUCCUCAUCAUCGUGCAAGUCACCAUUCUUUGACAUUCAAUAUUGAUAGUCCUGUCAACAACACCUAUCUCUUGUUAGGUGCUCUCGUAGGUGGUCCAGGUCAAGACGAUUCAUAUGUCGAUGACAGACACGACUAUAUCAAGAAUGAAGUAGCACUUGAUUAUCAAGCUGGUUUUACUGGUGCUCUUGCCUAUCUUGCAUCUGUAAACAAUUUAAAUAUGCAAGAUAAUAAUCAACAACAACAACAACAACUUUAUAAAGUAAUUAAAUUAGUAAUCAUUCAACACAAGUUUUUAGUAAAAGAGUUGUUUGGAUGGGUAAAAACAAUACAUAGAAAAUAUUUAAAUGCUAAAGAUGAUCAGUGCUAUUCGUUUAAUGCAUUGUUGACAAUGAUAUACAGUUGUAUCAAAUUGGAACAAUAUUCUUUUAUUUUUACACCAAGUGUCAUUAGAGAUAUCAUUCAUACCAUCAAUCCAGAGAUUGAUUACAUGUCAUUCAAUUUGAAGAAACGAGUUCUCCAUUUCAAUUGUUCAUCAAAGUUUAUUAGUGAUCGUAUUUUGGAUGAAGAUACAAUGGAAGUUGCCUUUAGAAAAGGAUUACUCAUUGGUUUCCUCGACUUGGAAUUUAUUACAACACAUCCUCACUUUUCAUUUAAACUCUUUAAGGAGCAUUUGGAACCGAAUGAAUAUGAGUCUUUUAGAUACCCAACUCAAAAUUAUAGAUCGAUAUCGGUUGGUACAGUCAUUGAUUUAAUCAAGAACAAAAAAGAAGCAUCUCUAUUCUUGGGUCAUCUCCUCCAUCACAUUGGAGUCCCAAUACAAAGAUUAGUAAUCAACAUGAUAAGAUAUGGGACGAAUGUCAGGGCAAUACCAUUUAUCGUCCCUACAAAUGUAUAUGGUGACCCUGAUCCCCCUCCAUUCUAUAUUAAACGAUAUGGGACCUAUUUUAUUCUAGAAACUGAUACUUUAUUCAAGUUAUCAAAGGCAUUGGAUCUUGCCGCUAGAAAUGGAUAUAUGACAACACUGGAAUGGUUGGCUAUUAAUAUCAACACAUCGAAGAACUUUGAUUUGGGUGUUGUGUUUUUAAUUAAAUGGUUAGAAUAUUGUCCUACCAAUGAACAGACACUACUCUACUUUGACAAGUUACCAUUCAUUGGUCCACCAGAAUUGGAAUUCCUUUAUCGAUUUGCUUUUACUUGUUGGUUAAAUAAUAAGAGAUAUGAUCUAAUUGAAAUGUUAGAUCAAAAGUAUGGUCAAGAACUACUCUUCAACUCACUUGAAAAUACAGAUAGAUACAACUUUCCAUACCUAUAUGGAAAUACACCAGAAUUCCAAAGAAUUUAUAAACAAACAUUGCAUCAAUUAAAAAUAGAAAAUAAUAAUAAUAAUAAUAAUAAUCAAUCAAAUUAUUUUAAUAAUGGAUUAGACCAAUUAUUUCAUUUAACAUCAUCUCCAUCUUAUAUUGAUAACCCAAAACAUCAGCAUAGAUUGUUGCUCCCCUUUACUUUUAAUGGAGAAAUAGAAUAA